UCCGCUCGGUCGCUCCGACUCGUCUUCCGGUCCUCCGACUUUCGCCACCUUGGAUCUCGCGUGACCAUCCGGAUGGCCCGAUGACAACGGGAGCUGAGAACCUUUCCGACACCCUGGGAAUUGCUGCGACAAACUUGCGGGAACGGGAAACAAUUGUUAGGGCUCAGAGAAUAAGAAACGAUUAUUGGAGCUGCGAGAAUGUGAAAUGAUUUUUGGAGGUGUGAGAAUAAGGAAUAAUUGUUUGAGGUGCGAGAACGAGAAACAAUUGUUAGGGCUGAGAGAAUAAUAAACGAUUAUUGGAGCUGCGAGAAUGAGAAAUGAUUUUUGGAGGUGUGAGAAUAAGGAAUAAUUGUUUGAGGUGCGAGAACGAGAAACAAUUGUUAGGGCUGAGAGAAUAAGAAACGAUUAUUGGGGCUGCGAGAAUAAAAAGUAAUUUUCGGAGGUGAGAGUAAGAAACAAUUGUUGAAGGAGGCUACGAGAUGCGAAUGCAGUUUAUGGAUCGGUAGCGUAUCCGCGCCAAGAUCAUUUUGGAAUUUGAAAGACUGGAGAAUUCCGAGGUGGGGUCUAAAAGUGCACUUCAAGGAUCAACGAUGAACCAAAUAUCGUGCUGUUAGUUUAAUGCAUUGUUAUUCGUGACGAUAGAAAUUGGAAAGUGAUCCAGUGCCUCGAGCAGGGUGCAAGAUUUCUGGUUACCACCUAUUAGAAGUACCCUGAUGAGUGAAGUCGUCCGCACCUUCCUCAGGGUUAAUAGCAACGAAGAGUGAACUGGUUCUUCUAAAUUCUUCCUAUUAAACUUGAAGACACCUUCGGAAAUUCAGACCAUGACCAAAGUACCCUGGAAAUACUGAAAUAAUUCAUACCAUCAUUGUUAACCCUUCUAAACGGUUCUAAAAUAGCUACCGAAGAGAUCUUCGAGGGUGGCGUCGAAAGCCUGUGGAAAGUCAUACACAGAAUAUUUCGUACACGGACCCAUGACAAUUCCUACAAAGCAACAAGAAAAGGAGAACUUAACCUCUUUGCCGAUACGAGGCUUGGCUCGAGUCCUCGCGUCUGCUCGAGGAAUACUUUCGACACCUCCGGUCGCGCGUGACUGCCCGAUGAUAUCGCGUUGUUCGUUGGCUCAUUAAACUGGCAUGCCGAUGACGGUUGAAGUCGUCGGAUAUUCGAUUAACGUUGUCGAGAGGCCCGAGAAUUCGGUCCGGGAAUUUCCCCAAGAGAUUCUCGCCGAGCGCGGCUACGGGGCGGGAAUAUAAAUAUAUAUGAUAUUCGGACUGAAGUCUGCGCGCCGCCAUCUUGGAAUCUCUUCAGCUCGCGGCGACGGCGAAGUAUUUAAUCCAUUAAAUCGUCCCUUGAGAUUCUCCGCCAGAUCGAAAUGAUCUGACGACGAUCCCGAUGACGUUAUCUCGGAAAUCCUCAGAUUCUCCAUGCACCGGGGGCACUUUUCUCCGCGUUAAAAAGUCCUACAUCAAGCGCCAAUGACUCACCGUUGGGUUUCAUCUCGAGAUUGAGGGCCCUCGUUGUGAAAAAUCGGACUUGGAUCGUUAUCACAAAUGUUCUUCGCGGAUCGACUCUGUCGAUACUUUGAGGGAUUUUAAGAGACCGGGAAAGUGGACGAGUGGAGAAUGAGGUGACGACGGUGGUGGUUGAAAACAAUCGAUGUUCGAUUUUCGAAGGAUGCAAGAACAGCGCGAUCGUAGCGUCACUUUGGACUGUUGUUAUCAACAAUGGCCUGGCCAAAAACUGGAGCAACGACCGCUCCAGCAUCCGGUGGGGACACCUUCGCCGAUGCAGCAGAUCGAAGCGUGUCUGCAGACCGCUGGCCAGACGAAGAGGUCGCAGACUCCGCGCUUGGAGGCGACGCUGACGCAGCUCUCCUCGUCGAUGUCGCCUUCGGAGUCUCGUAACGACAACAACAAUAACAAUAAUAGCCUCGGUGGAAACAAUAACGAGGGCGGGGAAAAUGCAGGAAGCUGCGCGGCGGAUCUGCCGCCGAAGAGGCCCUUGCAUCCUGCACUUGCAGGUGCAGGUGCAGCCCUGGAGGCGAAGCCUCUCUGGGAAGAGUUCUAUCAGCUGGGCACAGAAAUGAUCGUUACCAAAGCUGGUCGCAGGAUGUUUCCGACAUUCCAGUGCCGCAUCUUCGGACUGGACCCGAACACCGAGUACCUCCUGGUGAUGGAUUUUGUGCCUUGCGACGACAAGAGGUACAGAUACGCCUUCCACAGCAGUGCCUGGGUCGUUGCUGGUAGAGCCGAUCCCAUUUCACCUCCCAGGAUCCAUGUGCAUCCUGACAGUCCUGCCAAUGGGGCACAUUGGAUGAAACAACCGGUCUCCUUCGACAAGCUGAAGCUGACCAACAACCAGCUGGACGACAAUGGCCACAUCAUUUUAAACUCGAUGCACCGAUACCAGCCGCGAUGCCACGUGGUGGUGGCGCCCUCUCCGCCAGGCUCGGGGCCCGACCCGAGGACGGAGAACUUCAAGACGUUCGCCUUCCCGGAGACUAGGUUCACGGCCGUGACGGCGUACCAGAACCAUAGAAUCACGCAGCUGAAGAUCGCGAGCAACCCUUUUGCUAAGGGUUUCCGAGAUUGCGAGCCUGACGACUGCGAUUCCCAGGCCGGAAAUAACCAAGCGGUGCAGAGUCCUGCGAAAAGGGCAGCCACGGCUACGGGAAACAGUGCUCUACCUAGUUACGCGGCCGUCGCGGCGGUCCCGGCGAUAGUGGCGCCGCCGAUCGCCGCGGCGGGUUCCGGAAUCGCCGCCAUGCCCGGUCACGAACAUCAUCAGUUCUACGCCACGACGAGCGCCGGUCACUGGGCAUACCCCAUGACGACCACCACCACGGCCACCCAUCACGUCCUCCACCCUCGCGUCAACUCGACGCACUAUGUCGCGCACGCGCACUCGCAUGCGCACGCCCAUCAUGGUCACGCUCCCGGGACCGGAACCCACGCCUCCCCGCUUUACGGCCCCCGAUAACGACGCAAGGCCACCCCUGCGCCCGGAAUAUGGAUAAAUCAAAGAGAACCGACCUGAGAGAACCUGCGGACGGACUUUUCAUCCUCGAUUUCAAGGCGAAGAGGCUGGAAGAACUGGAAAAGGACUCGACCAGGAGCGCACUCCGGUAAGAGUCCGCCAUUUUGGUUGCGCCGUGUAUUGCUGAAUUUCGGUGGAGGUUCGCACUGUAUGGGGUGAUUUCUGAUGUUUCGGGAUAGGUAAAUGUAAUUGCGGUUAAGGUUCGAUCGCGAAUGAGAGGUGCAAUUAUUUUCGAAUCGAGAUAAUGACUCUUUAGGAGUUGGAGAAGGAUUUGACUAGCUCACUUCGGGAAGCGUCGCCAUUUUGGUUGCGCCGAGGAACGACUUUCGGUGGAGGUUCGAAAUACCGAAUCAUGGUGUUUUAGGUGGGUAGAAAAGUCUUUGCGGUUUUUAAGUAUCGAUCGCUUAUAAAUCCACAAUUAUUUGUUUAUUGACUUAAUGUUAGGCGGCGCUUAUACCGUAAAAUAGGGGAAGAGAGGUCAGAGAUUUACCUCCGGGUGUAAACCCAGCGCAAGAAGUGACCUGUAUCGUCUAACCCUUAAAGGAUACGUAGGUGGUCUAUAAAUAUUCAGUUAGCCUCAAUGUAAACUUCCCUGGGCCUCCGUGUCUCUAUACGUCGAGCUCUAGUGGUUUUACGAGCCAUUUCGUUUAACGUCUUUUCCGCCGGCCAUUUUGGCUCGCCGCGUACAAAUCGAUCGAACAGUUUCCGUUCUCGUAGGGUAGGACCGUUUAUAAUGUAUCGGUUGAUAGUUAGACGUUUCCCGGAAAGGGAAGGAAGUGUCCUUUGUAGAGUGUUAGAAUCAAAGCGUCUAUUUAUGUGUGGUGUCACGAGGGCCAAAGGGCGCAUUUGACUACACACGAGAGCCAAAGCAAGAGAAACUUAAACGUGCCGUGACACCCCUUCAGGGAGACCCCCAAGUGCCUCGAUAAAUUAUGCCCGAGUGUCGUGCCAUUACGUGCAGCUUGCACGUAGUUAAGCCUUAAUAAUUAAGACCGAAUACUACAUUUUGCCCGGUGAACAAGACGCGUCGUCGGUGAAAAAAUGUUUUGUCGAUGGCCAUCCCGCGAAAUCGUCAUUGUGCCAAGAUUUCAUGUACGAGCGCCAUGUUGUAUGUGAUAAUGUAUGCGAGAG